UACAUAGCUAGAUAACCUCUCGCAGAAACAUGUACACACACUCCCACGCACACACAGGUACAUGUGCACACACACACAUAUACUUAGAGGUACACACACACACACACAGAGAAAGGAACAUAUAAAUGAACAAUCUCUUUCUUAAUCUUUCUCUCUCUCUCUCUCUCUCUCUCUCUCUCUCUCUCUCUCUCUCUCUCUCUCUCUCUCUCUCUCUCUCUCUCUCUCUCUCUCUCUCUCUCUCUCUCUCUCUCACACACACACAUACAAUUGCUGAGAGAUAGAUAAAGUGAAAGAGAGAUACAUACAUAUGCACACAAAAACACAUAAUCUUACAUUCAUAGCCAGAUACAUACACACACACUUACAUGCAUACAAAAUCUAUUUUAUUGCUUUACCUUAUAUCAGCCAAUGAUAGACAUGCACACACACACACACACACACACACACACACACACAGAGGUAAUCUCAUUAUCACACAUAGACACACACACACAAGUAUACAUAAAUACAUACAUACAUACAUACAUAUAUAUAUAUACCACACAUCUACACAAAUAUAUACACUCUGAAAAGCGAAGUGUUAUUGUACCAUAAAGUGAAAGGGUGAGGUACCAAUUAGACUUAGAGUAAUGUACUGAGAAAUGACAGACAGUCAGGUAGUAAUCCGAUGAUAAAAAUUCAAUGGAUUUAAAAUCCAAUAUAUAUCACUUCGGCUGGGAAUUUACCCAUUGAGGACGAAAUAUUUUGGCAUUUUUUUUUUAUCCAAUUCUUUGGACAUUUUAUAAAAAAUAGCGAGAGAAAAUAAUAUCAAUUCUACAAAAAGAGAAAAAGAAAAUACAAAAAAGAAAGAAGCCCCCCAAAAAAAAACCCCUAAAAAAUAAACCAACUCUGCACCUAAACAUUGACUAUGUACAAACAAGGAGUUGUUUUAUGUGGGGUUUUGCUCCUUUUCAGCAAUCCCUGUUUUGGAUUUUCUAGGCAGAAUCUUACCGAAAUUUUACUGAGACAAAACUUAACUGAAGAAUUUUUACCACUUUUGACUGAGAGUGGUGUUUCCAAGUACAUCACUUUACAAGAUCUACUUCCUUUAGGUUUAAUGUUUCUCAAUGCAUAUAAAGGAAUUGACAGGAAUAUCACCAAAGGUUGUAUGAAUGACACACACAUGGUUAUGUCCAACAUACUAAACUUGUCAAUAGGUUGGCAGAAAAGAUUACUUGACGCAAGUGGAAAACCUCCAGCUGGUAUUCUACAAGGUGCUGUUCAUUGGGCUGGUGAUUAUGAAAGUUGUCUAAAGAUUAAGAGUCCAUUUGGUCCAGGAAAUAUUAGUGAACACAAUCCAUUGAUUCAUGGACAAUACUGUUCUGUAAAAAUAGAUUUCCCCAAGGAAGGAUUUAUAAAAAAAAUUCCGGCGGCGCUGUUACCCCUUUUCGGUCAACAAUUACAUGGUAUGUCAGUGAUCUGGGAUAUUUGUACCACGCAACGAUGCUCAGCACCUGAAAUGAAAACUCUCUUUACACCUGCGUUCAAUAUAAUCCAAAGAUUUGCUCCGGUGAAUUUAACAAGUGUUGUCUGCAAGAAACCACCGAAUCUCUUGAAGCACAAUGAGGCAAUCGGAGCUUUGGUUUUUUUUUCAGUUUACUUUCUGCUGUUGCUUGUUGGGACCAUUUACGAUAUUUGUUUCAAUAAGGACAAUUCUACAGAAUUUGAUUUACACACAAAAGCCACACUGGCGUUCAGCAACUUCAGUUUCAGUCCGUCUGAAUUUGCAGUUUCAUCUGCAUUUAGCAAGAAGGAAGAACCGAUACAGGUAAUGGAAAUGAGUAAUGGACUCCAGCGCUAUUCGAGAAAGAGCACAUUGUCAAUUGGUGGAGAACAGCUGGCCAUACCGGCCGCAAUGGGUGAGGCGUCAGCUACAUCAUCUUCAUCAAUAGCAGAAGAUGAUGAAAGCCCAGAAGAAGCCUCCACAAGCCAAGCAAAAAAGAAAAUUGCAGCACCAGUCGUGCCUCCACCACAACCUCCAAGUCCCGUGCUGCCUCCACCCCCACCAUUGGAAGACCCAGUACCAUUGACAUCGUUGUCUGAGGACGAGAGGUAUGCUGUCAGCAACAUAUAUGAUGACAUUGCCUCUGCAGCACGGCCGGACUAUUUAGACGCAAGGAAGUCUUCGGAAACUUAUGAAAUCCUUGAAGUCAAAGAAACCAAUCAAUCCACGUUACACUCUGCCACUAACAUCUCCAUGCCAGCAGAAAUCAGUUUUGAUAGACAAAACAGUGAAAUAAAAAACCCCCUGAGUGCCAUGCCCAUUGCCCAAAGAUUUACAUUCGAAGCAGUUUUCUCAGCCACCUUUGCAGUUGAUACCUUCUUUUUACUCAGUGGUACCCUCUUGACAUAUUCCUUCAUUGAUAAUUUCUAUUCACGGGGUGAAAGUGGACUGAAGUAUAUCUUGAAGAUAUACCUAUUGCGUUUCCUGAGGUUGACCCCUUAUUAUGCAAUAGUUCUAAUUUACGUAACGUGCUUGAUGCCAUACAUGUUUGAAGGUCCCUUUAACGAUUUGAGUAUCGAAACCCCUUGUCGUGAGAAGUGGUGGUCAAACCUCAUAUAUUUGAACAACAUGUAUAAAAUAAAAGAUAUGUGUAUGAGUUGGACUUGGUACUUAGCGAACGAUGUGCAGUUCUACAGCGUUGCACCAAUUAUUCUAUCACUGAUAACUGCGCUUCCAUCAGUUGGAUUUCUGGUGGUGACUUUCCUGUUUUGUGCCUACGUCGCAACCACAACGGUACUUUGGCAGAAACUAUUAAACGAAACAUCAAUUACAUACGAUGAUGUUCACACGAAACCUUGGACCAGGAUGAGCCCAUUUCUCAUUGGAAUAUUACUUGGAUAUUUCUUACGAAUGAAACUCAGGAAACGUAGCAUUUCAAAGCUGUUCCUCUCCGUCGGCUGGUUUGUCGUGUUGGCUGUCUCCAUGGUGAUUUGUUACAUAAAAUACACUAUGUAUAAAGCAGACAAUCCAAUGAGCUGGACGAAGGCUCAAACAACAUCCUACGAACUCCUCUCUCGUCCAAUCUGGGCUUUGCUUGUCUCAUGGGUGAUAGUUAUUUGUGCUUCAGGAAACGGAGGCAUUGUGACUAACCUGCUCUCCUGUAGUGCUUUCAUACCCUUAGACCGACUGACCUACGGCGCUUUCCUUCUCCAUCCAAUUGUUAUGAGUAUUGCCAAAAGACUUAACAUGGUGACUAUUUAUCUAUCAACGCCAACAGUGAUGUACACCUUCAUCGGCCAUUUAGUACUGACGUACGGUGUGUCGUUCGUCACGACCAUUAUGUUCGACUCACCCGUGAGAAUGAUCACCAAAGUAUUUAAUCGGAAGUAACAGAUCGCAUUGUGUACAUAAACCAAGUUGUUUUGCAGUUCAGUUCAGUCAAAUUGAAAAAUAUGACCCUUUCACACCUACCUUCAUCAAUGUGUUAAUUUUCUCGUGAUACAUAUAUACAUCCUGUACACACACACACACACACACACACACACACACACACACACACACACACACAAGCAUUCAUAUGAUUUCGUGUAUAUUCUCAAAGCAGACACACACACUCACUCACACAGGUUUUAUCUCCCCAAAGUCUUGCGAGGGAAACUCUGCUGUGAGACACAGUGCCACAGUGAAUGCCUUUCACAUUCUAGUUUGGAAGAGCAUGUCAAAAAUGCAUGUACUUAUAUAUAUAUAUAUGUAUAUAUAAAAGAAUGAAAUAAAAAGACCAAUGACAUUCUACAUAAAAUAUAAAUUUAGUUAUGCCAUUGGUCUCUUGAUCUCAUUCUUUCCUUAUAUAUACACACGCUAAUACACGACCCAUGUUAUAUUCCCCAUUCAUGUUACAACAACAUCUGGGGCAAAACUAGUCGGUAUACAACACUUACUCGGUAGUACCUGUAUCUUUAGGGUCUGGUUGACUCCAUUACCCUUCAUAACCUUUAUAUAUAUAUAUAUAAUUAUGGUUGUUACUUUAAAGCAGAUAUAACAACUGGUUGAACAAGGUGAUAGGUGAAACUUGAAAUCCAAGUCAACCAUCCGAUUCACACACAUAGAUACAUACAAAACACAUUUAUACAUACAUACUUACACAUAAACACACAAACACACACACCCCCAACAUAAGUACAUAUGUAAAUUCAUGCAUACGUCUACACAAGCACAAUAAAGACAUUAUCAAUCCAUGUACAAACACAUACACACACACACAUUCCAGCUUAUAGCAUUCUGUAACUCACUGUCCCUGUAAAAUUCUAAGACAGAGUCUGGUUAUUGAAAUGACUAACAUUUCGUCCAAGGACAGAGACACAAAGAACUCAAUACUGGAAUGCGUAUAAGAUGGAAAAUAUAAGCCCUUGAUAUUAAAUACAUACCUCACCAAA